AUGGCACCCACGGAUUAUACAGAUUUUGAUCCGAAUGGCAAGGACCGCAAGACAAUCGAACCAUGCGUAAUAACACGAACAAAGAUCUACACCGAUCUGUACGACGACGACCUAUGGUUUACCUUCAAAGAUGAUUUUGGAGACUGGACUACAGAUAACCUUUGCAAAGCGACCGUACCAGUCCUUGGAAAACUACGUGACGUACUGCGAACCAAUGGUAUAUAUGUACCAAAGGGUGGACACGCAGGAAGAGUAUUAGCGAACACACUGACUCUUCCAGAACCACACGAAUGGACUGAAAGUGAAGUUGUUGAACACAUACAGCUUAAAGGGACCUUCAAUUCCCCAUUUAUCCAGUUGAAGUUCGCUGCCACAAUCAAAAGAAUCAACGACGCCGCAAAUGUGACAAUACAAAAUAAUGCUCAAUUCGUGCAAGAAGAUACCCCCUCUCCACCGUCAACAAACCUACACGGCAUGGUAACAAGAGCGAAAGCAUCUACAGGUGGCCCACAAGAUAUGACACCACCCGCUGAGACGGCGCCGCAGGCACCACUAGUACAAGUAGCGACACCUACCCAAACGGCAACAUGGCAAGGAACGGGAUAUGUUCCAGCAAUCCGCGACCAAGAAAGAACGUAUUCGCAGGUGGGACAAUCUGCACUGUUGUAUGUUAACAGUAUUGCACAACUUCGGAAGGUGUACACUACAGACAGCACCAAGUACGGCGAUAAUGAAGACUCAUUCGACCUGGCUCACAAUAUCUUCUUAGAUCUCUGCCGCCAGAUGGGUCUACAUACCGCAGAAGCACGGAACCAGGCAGUUUCAGUUAUGCUCAAAGGACUCGCACUCGACUAUUACUAUACGUGGAAAGAUCAAUGGGAGCGCAUGGGAAUCGACCCCGCUGUGGCAGUCAAAAACCACUUCGAAAACGACGAGCACCUACGAAAAGUGCAGACUGACUGGGAUGCGAUAAAUCUUUAUACGCUCUACCACAAACUGCGACCAGAACUACGAAACGAGGUUAUUUGGCAUGCAAAGCUUAUUUCUGCUACUCGAACACACCCAGCAUGUCACGCAGCAACUGGAAAUCCCGCAUCUACGAUCCCUGGUCUCAUGCAGAGCCUUCGAGGAAGUGUCAGCCAAUUUGAAGACACUAAGCGAGCAGCGCAACAGCACUUCGCAGGCACAUACAAUACUGAUCCGUAUGACGUUCCACGAACGAACAUGACAGAACGUCGCUUCUUCAACAAUAAUCUACGAUACCAACCUCAAAACCGCAGCCGCUUUACUCGGAAACCAUCUCGUCACUUCAGAGGUCCCAGAAACGACAAAAAGACAUGUUAUAUCUGCAAGAAACCAGGACACUUAUCAUAUAACCACUCGGACGAGGAGCGCGAGGCACACAAGCGUGAAUGGAAUAAAAACAGAUCUGGGAGUUAUCAACAAUUUAUGGCUGAAAUUGAGGGCUGGGAAUAUGACCCUGAAUCAAUUGAAGAACUAGCAUCAAGUGGCGCUUAUUUCGAGGAUGACAGCAGUGAUGACGAACCUCCAAGGACCAAGGAUUCAAUUACUUCCAAAGAUUCAGCCAAUAAGAAUGCACCACUCCAGACUACCUCAACCCAUUUUGCCAGCGCUUUCUUCACUACUGAUGAGAAGCCAAAGGGAGAAUUAGGAAAGUUAAUCACUACAGAGUUAGCAAAUCGAGCGACUAUGCACUGUGUCAAAGCCCUGGCAACAAAGGAAGCACAAGAUGGCGACAAUAUAGAGAAUAACGUUGAAGAAACGAUUGAUACAAGCACCUACGUUUCGGCAAGCCGAUACUCCGAAGACACAUGGCAAGGUAUUCUCAUUGACACCGGCGCUGCAGACUUCUCUACAGCCGGAUACAGUCAAUUCCUCGCAUAUCAGAAAGCUGUCAAGGGAGCUGUAAUAGACACGUCAACCGCAAAUUCAGUAGGGAUCAAAUUUGGCUCAGGCGAUCCUGUACGCUCAAAAGGCUCAGUCGAUGUUGACACACCAAUUGGCCGAGUCCGAUUCCAUAUCCUCGAAACAAUGACACCGUUCCUGCUCUCUAUCAAAGACCUGGACAGACUGAACGUGUAUUACGACAACACCAAAGAUCUUCUCAUUGGCCCAAAAGAGAAUAUGACUACCCAGGUUAUACGAAGAUUUGGCCAUCCAUUCCUUAUAUGGCAGGAGACCUACGAAUCAUGUCUCCUGGAAUCACUUGAUGAGAAUCCCUGCUUCCUCACAGAAGCAGAAUUACGGCGCCUACACCGUCGAUUCGGUCAUCCCUCAACUGACAGAUUCUACCGCGUUAUCGAGCGCGCAGGCCACGACGCUGACCGUGAAGCAAUCGAGCAUAUUCGCAAAUUCUGUCAUCACUGCCAAAUCCAUGGUAAAUCUCCUGGCCGUUUCCGCUUUACGUUGCAAGACGAUAUACAUUUCAACCAUUCAAUUAUUGUUGAUAUUAUGUAUAUUGAUGGUAAACCUGUACUUCAUAUUAUCGACGAAGCAACACGUUUUAACGCCGCACGUUGGCUCCCUAAUAUAUCUUCAAGUGCAACAUGGGAUGCCCUACGUGUUGCCUGGAUUGAUACGUACCUAGGACCACCAGAUCUCAUUGCAACUGACGCUGGAAAGAACUUUGUGAGUAAGGAAUUCUCACAGCUCGCGACAUCUAUUGGCACCACUGUCAAGAGCGUUCCUAUUGAAGCUCAUUGGUCAAUUGGCAUGGUUGAACGCUACCACGCCGUACUACGUCGCGCCUAUACCAUCAUCUCCGACGAAUUGCCAGAUCUACACCCCGAUAUGGCACUACAAAUGGCCGUAAAAUCUGUCAACGAUACUGCCGGCCCCAACGGCCUCGUACCCACGCUUCUCGUAUUUGGUGCCUACCCACGACUUACGCAAAACGACGCACCAGCAAUAUCAGUUGAACAACGUGCUACUGCACUCAAGAAAGCAACUGCUGAGGUACGAAAAUUGUACGCACAACGACAAGUAAGAGAUGCACUCAAUACCCGUAACGGCCCGUCAACUACAGUGAUCCAUUCGCUACCACUCAACUCGAACGUCCUUGUAUUCAGAGAAGGAAAUACUGGCUAUGCUGGAAAAUGGGAAGGCCCAUACAAACUAGUAGAAGUCAAUAACGAGACCUGCACAGUCGCACUUCCAAGUGGCCCAACUCAAUUCCGCUCAACCGUUGUAAAGCCAUACUAUGCCGAGGACAUGCCACCUAAGGAUAUUGCCACUACUCUAGACCAUGAUAACGCACCUGAACCCCCAACACAAGGAAAUGCACUCCUACCGCCAUCGACUGUCAAAAUCCCCUCUCAACGACCGCAGCGCAACCGUCAACCAUCCGCUCGAUACCGAGAUGACGAUUUCGAAGCAUAUAUCAACAAUAAGGAGAUUACUCAACCUCGAGCUAACUUUGACGAGGUAUUGGAACAAACAAGAUUUACUGACUCACGCAAGCAAGAGGUGGAUGGCCUAUUGGAGAGAGGUGUCUUCCACUUCGUGCAUGAGAAUGAAGUUCCCAAAGGUGAACGUAUUUUCAACUCACGAUUUGUGGAUGAGAUGAAGAAUUCUGGCACCGACAAGGCCUUUGAAAAAUCGCGACUUGUUGUGCAGGCUUACAAUGACGAAGGGAAGGACUUCAUAUUGACUGAAUCACCAACUAUACAACGCUGCAGUCAGCGCCUGAUUCUAUGCCUGACUGCCUGUAUGGUUACUCACUCCCUAUGGCUACGAGACGUUGUUCAAGCGUAUAUUCAAUCGCAAACGUAUCUUAACCGUGAUAUCUUCGUACGACCGCCACUAGAACUCGCCAUCCUCCUUUCACCAGGCACACUGUUAAAAGUCGUCAAGCCUCUAUAUGGGAUCCCUGAAUCAGGCAAUCAUUGGUUCAACACCUACCAUAGCCAUCAUACAGAGAAACUACAAAUGGAGACGUCAACCUACGACCCGUGUCUCCUACAUUGUAUUGACCCUAGCAAUGGCUUUGGCAUCGUUGGCAUGCAGACUGAUGAUACUCUUAUCCUCGCCGACAACGCCUUCGCUAACCGCGAAGAGAAGGAAAUUAAGGCUGCCAAGAUACAGUGCAAACCUCGCGAACGACUCUCGCCUACAAACCCGCUGAAAUUCAACGGUGGCCUCAUCUCGGAGACGGCCCAGGGUAUUAUGCUUAGCCAAGAACGAACCUGCAAGCUUAUACAAAUCGUGCAAGAGCAACACGCCGAUAUGACAAGCUCCCGGGGAAAGAUCCGCAAGAACGCAUCACCAAAAGAACAAUACGUAUCUCAACGAGCGCUUGGUGCCUAUAUUGCUUCCUUAACGCAACCGGAAGCCGCAUUUGAUUAUGCCUUCGCAGCACAGAGCACUAAUCCGCAGAAAGAGGAUAUCAAAUACCUCAACAAGCGCCUGCAAUGGCAAAUUGACAACCCAUACCGCGGCUUGAAGUUUGUCAAACUUAACAUCAACACCAUCAAACUAUACGCCUUUGUUGACGCGGCAUUCGCUAAUAAUAAAGACCUCUCGUCACAAAUCGGAUUCGUUAUUGUACUUGCCGACGCCUCGAACAACGCGAAUAUUGUACACUGGUCCUCGGUCAAGUGCAAGCGGAUAACACGUAGCGUACUAGCCUCGGAGCUAUACGCCAUGGUCAACGGCUUUGAUUUCGCUGCCUCUAUCAAAGCAACAGUUACGCAGAUUCUACACCUCGAGAAUCCGCUCCCGCUAGUGAUCUGCACCGAUUCAAAGAGCUUAUAUGACUGCCUUGUGAAACUUGGUACGACACAAGAAAAACGACUCAUGAUCGAUCUCAUGUGUCUCCGCCAGUCAUACGAACGUCAAGAGAUUACGGAAGUCAAAUGGAUAGAUGGCAAUAGCAACCCUGCCGACGCCAUGACAAAGAACAAAGCAUGCAACGCUUUGCAGAUCCUUGUUGAUACGAAUAAGCUACAUAUCACUGUCGACGGCUGGGUAGAAAGGUCUACCACGACACCGCAAAAUCGCGCGAUCAAAGCAAAUUCGGUGGCAUUCGCAAAUCCCCAAUAA